AUGAAUUCCUCAUUUCACCUGCAUUUCUUGGAUCUCAACCUGAAUGCCACAGACGGCAACCUUUUGGGACCCAGUGUCCAAAACAAGUCUUCACCAUGUGAAGACAUGGGCAUCGCUGUGGAGGUGUUUCUCACUCUGGGUGUCAUCAGCCUCUUGGAGAACAUCUUGGUCAUAGGGGCCAUAGUGAAGAACAAAAACCUGCACUCCCCCGUGUACUUCUUCGUGUGCAGCCUGGCAGUGGCCGACAUGCUGGUGAGCAUGUCCAGUGCCUGGGAGACCAUCACCAUCUACCUACUCAACAACAAGCACCUGGUGAUAGCAGACGCCUUUGCGCACAUUGACCAUGUGUUUGACUCCAUGACCUGCAUUUCCGUGGUGGCGUCCACGUGCAGCUUGCUGGCCAUUGCAGUGGAUAGGCACGUCACCAUCUUCCCCGCCCUGCGCUACCACCACAUCAUGACGGCGAGGCGCUCAGGGGUCAUCAUCGCCGGCAUCUGGGCUUUCUGCACGGGCUGCGUCAUCAUCUUCAUCCCGUACUCUGAAUCCACCUACAUCAUCCUGUGCCUCAUCUCCAUGUUCUUCACUAUGCUGUUCCUCCUGGUGUCUCUGUACAUACACAUGUUCCUCCUGGCGCGGACUCACGUCAAGCAGAUCGCGGCUCUGCCCGGGGCCAGCUCUGCGCGGCAGAGGACCAGGAUGCAGGGCAUGGUCACCGUCACCAUGCUGCUGGGCGUGUUUAUUGUGUGCUGGGCCCGGUUCUUCCUCCAUCGCGUUUUGAUGCUUUCUUGCCCUCAGAACCUCUACUGCUCUUGCUUCAUGUCUCACUUCAAUAUGUACCUCAUACUCAUCAUGUGUAAUUCCGUGAUGGACCCUCUCAUGUAUGCCUUCCGCAGCCGAAAGAUGCGGAAGAACUUUAAGGAGAUUAUUUGUUGCCGUGGUUUCAGAAUCGCCUGCAGCUUUCCCAGAAGGGAUUAA